AUGGAGGACUUCAUCGUGAUCUCGGACGACAGCGGCUCCGAGAGUUCCGGGGGGGCCCGCUCGGGCAGGACGCGAAGGCUCCGCCGGGCCCUGUCCCGGACCCCCGGAGCACUGCCCCGCCGGACUGUGAGUAAGGGUCAAAAAUUAGAACCCAUUCCUCAUCGAAGACUAAGAAUGGUAACAAACACCAUUGAAGAAAAUUUUCCCCUGGGGACUGUGCAGUUUUUGAUGGACUUUGUGUCACCCCAGCAUUACCCACCCAGAGAAAUUGUGGCUCACAUCAUCCAGAAAAUCCUGCUCAGUGGCUCUGAGACCGUGGAUGUCCUAAAGGAGGCCUAUAUGCUUCUCAUGAAAAUUCAACAGCUACAUCCAGCUAAUGCCAAGACAGUGGAGUGGGACUGGAAGCUGCUCACAUAUGUCAUGGAGGAAGAGGGACAGAAUCUGCCUGGGCGAGUCCUUUUUCUGCGUUAUGUGGUACAGACUCUAGAAGAUGACUUCCAGCAGAUCCUGAGGAGGCAGCGACAGCACCUGCAGCAGUCCAUUGCAAGCACUGUGCUGUCCUGCGACAAGCAGCCCCACAAUGUCAGGGAUGUCAUCAAGUGGUUGGUCAAAGUAGUAACUGAAGAAGGAUUAACUCAGCCGCCAAAUGGGAAUCAAACCUCUCCCGGAACAGGAAUCUUGAAGGCCAGCAGUAGCCAUCCUUCUGCCCAGCCCAACCUGACAAAGAACACCAAUCAGCUGAUUGUGUGUCAGCUGCAAAGGAUGCUGUCCAUAGCCGUAGAGGUAGACAGGACCCCCACGUGCAGCUCCAAUAAAAUUGCCGAGAUGAUGUUUGGGUUUGUGCUGGACAUUCCUGAGAGGAGUCAGAGGGAGAUGUUCUUUACUACCAUGGAAAGCCACCUUCUGCGCUGCAAAGUGUUAGAAAUCAUAUUCCUCCACAGCUGUGAGACGCCCACCCGCCUGCCCUUGUCUCUGGCCCAGGCCCUCUACUUUCUGAACAAUUCCACAUCACUGCUCAAGUGUCAGUCGGAUAAAACCCAGUGGCAGACGUGGGACGAACUGGUUGAGCACCUGCAGUUCCUGUUAUCCAGUUAUCAGCAUGUGUUAAGAGAGCACUUGCGGAGUUCAGUGAUUGAUCGGAAAGACUUAAUCAUCAAGAGGAUUAAGCCCAAGCCCCAGCAAGGGGAUGACAUCACAGCGCUGGAUGUGGAGAGGCAGAUUGAGGCCUUCCGCAGCCGCCUGACCCAGAUCCUGGGGGAGCCGCUGGCGCCCCAGCUCCAAGACAAAGUGCACUUGUUGAAGCUCCUGCUCAUCUAUGCCGCGGACUUGAACCCUGACGCAGAGCCUUCUCCGAAGAACUGGAGCAGCCCCUGAGGUCCUUCUAAGCACUGAACACCAAGAAUACCUCCUGAACUCUAUCUCCAACUACUUGGAAGUUCUGAAAGUAUCUGAAGUAGUUAAAAAUCUUACAGGACCAAACCUAUCUUAUUUAUCUGUAGGUUAUAAUGACUUUCUAACUCUUUAGUAAAUAUCUUUUUUUGAUAUUCUA